AUGCUUAUCAACUUGCCUGUGCGAGACCCGUCCAGCUUCUCGCGGAUGCAUAUCAGAGGGAAGCCUGCGGUACAAGUCCCGCGUGAGCUUAUUCCCACCAACGACACCAAUGCCAUGCAGCCCACCCCUAAUAGAGCAGGCGAGCCCUGGAUGUUAGGCCUGGGUUCUCCCGCUGCCAGCAUCUCUCCAAUUCCUGCCUCAAUUAUCUCGCCCGGCUAUCCACAAGCCUCUUCCUCCAAAGCACUUGCAUCGAGU